CGUUCCUACUGUACUGUUACUAAGAGCUGCACUGUACAAAGGACGGGGCUUUGCCUACAUACCUGCUGGGAUCUUGCAAUUUGGAAGCACAGACCGUCAUACCUAGACCCUUAACCCCGGCUCGCCCUGGGCGUUGCCCAAGGGCCUGCCAAGGCCCUUGGUAAAUAGGCCUGGGCACGGUUGAAAUUAAACGUUUAGGUUUGGCAGCCAUUGAUAGCUCCAGCCAUGGCCAACGUGGACCGGUUCCCUUACAGCAGCGCACCUGUGCGGCAGGUCAAAGCUGUGCAGUUCAGCGUAUGGGACCCCGCAGAGAUCAAAGCAUACUCGGUCGCGGAAAUCGUCAGCAGCGAGACCUAUGAGAAGGGGAAGCCAAAGCUGGGCGGUCUAUCGGACCCCCGCAUGGGUACUAUGGACCGUGGCGGUAUCUGCACAACCGACGGUGCCAACGCGAACGACAGCCCUGGGUAUUUCGGGCACAUCGCUCUGGCGCGACCUGUUUACCACAUCGGCUUCAUCAAAACUGUCAUCCGCGUGCUUCGCUGCGUCAGCUACCACACUUCUCAGCUGCUGGUGGAUAAGGAUGACCCUAAGUACGCGUUCGGGCUGCGCAUCAGCGACCCGGAGAAGCGGCUGCGCUACUACGUGCACCUGUGUCAGGGCAAGAAGGUGGACGAGGCCACCGGCAACCCGCAGCCGUCGUACCGCCUGGAUGGGCUCAAGAUCAUGGCGGAGUUUCCCAAGCUGAAGGGCGAUGAGGAGCAGGAGCAGGACAAUGUGGAGCGCAAGCAGGAGCUGACCGCUUCGCGCGCGCUUGAGAUCCUGAAGCGCAUCCCGCCUGAGGACUGCAAGGCGCUGGGCUUUGACUGUCGCUUCACGCGGCCCGACUGGAUGAUCAUUCAGAACCUGCCGGUGCCGCCGCCGCCGGUGCGCCCCUCGGUCAUGAUGGACAGCAGCAGCAGGUGCGAGGACGACCUGACCCACAAGCUGGCUGAGAUCCUGCGCACCAACAACGCCAUCAAGAAGCAGGACGCCACCGGCACCCCGCAGCACGUGAUCGCCGAGCAGAUCAUGGCGCUGCAAUACCACAUCACCACCUACUUUGACAACUCCAGCCCGGGUAUCCCCAAGUCCAACCAGAAGUCGGGCCGCCCCAUCAAGUCCAUCAGCGAGCGCCUGAAGGGCAAGUCGGGGCGCAUCCGCGGCAACCUCAUGGGCAAGCGUGUGGACUUCUCCGCACGUACCGUCAUCACGGGCGACCCCAACAUCGGCAUCGACGAGCUGGGGGUGCCCUGGUCCAUUGCGCUCAACCUGACCUUCCCGGAGACCGUCACGCCCUUCAACAUCGAGAGGCUACAGAAGCUGGUGGAUAACGGCCCCAACCCGCCCCCCGGCGAGACGGGCGCCAAACACAUCAUCCGCGAGGACGGCCGCCGAAUCAAUCUGGCGGUGCUCAAGAGCGGCGCGGACCGCCGCCUGGAGCCGGGCGACCGUGUGGAGCGGCACCUGGUGAACGGAGACCUGGUGCUGUUCAACCGGCAGCCCUCGCUGCACAAGAUGUCUAUGAUGGGGCACCGCGUGCGCAUCCUGCCGUACUCCACCUUCCGUCUGAACCUGAGUGUGACGACGCCGUACAACGCCGAUUUCGACGGAGACGAGAUGAACAUGCACGUGGCGCAGACGCACGAGACGCGCGCUGAGAUGCGUGAGCUCAUGAUGGUGCCGCGCAACAUCGUGUCGCCGCAGGCCAACAAGCCCGUAAUGGGCAUCGUGCAGGACUCGCUGCUGGGCACCCGUCUGAUGACCAAGCGCGACAUCUUCAUCGAGAAGGACGUCUUCAUGAACACAAUCAUGGGCAUCGAGGACUGGGACGGCACCGUGCCCAUGCCCACCAUCCUCAAGCCCAAGCCGCUGUGGACGGGCAAGCAGAUCUUCUCCAUGUUCGUCGCCGACGUCAACCUGCGCAACAAGAGCGCCUGGCAUAAGGACUCGGACGUGCCGGACAUGUCUGUGGACGACUCCCAGGUGCUCAUCCGGCAGGGCGAGCUGCUGACGGGCGCGCUGUGCAAGAAGACGGUGGGCAACGGCGCGGGCGGCCUGGUGCACCUGACCUGGCUGGAGCACGGCCCGCACGCGGCACGUGGCUUCAUCAACAACGUGCAGCGAACGGUCAACCACUGGCUGCUGUACCACGGCAUGAGCAUUGGAAUCGGUGACACGGUCGCGGACGUCAAGACCAUGGCCAAGGUCAACGAGAUCAUUGAGGAGGCGAAGCGCAAGGUGAAGGAUGUUGUGGAGAAGUACCAGCAAAACGCGCUGGAGGCGCAGCCCGGCCGCACCAUCCACGAGAGCUUCGAGGCGCAGGUGAACCAGGUGCUCAACAAGUGCCGUGACGACGCCGGCAAGGCGGCCUACAUGUCGGUGGACCUGUCCAACAACAUUAUCAAGAUGGUGACAGCGGGCUCCAAGGGCUCCAACAUCAACAUCUCUCAGAUGAUGGGUUGCGUGGGGCAGCAGAACGUGGAGGGCAAGCGUAUCCCCUUUGGCUUCCAGCAACGCACGCUGCCACACUUCAACAAGGACGACCUGGGUCCGGAGGCGCGCGGCUUUGUGGGCAACUCGUACCUUCGUGGGCUCACGCCGCAGGAGUUCUUCUUCCACGCCAUGGGUGGUCGCGAGGGUCUCAUCGACACGGCCGUCAAGACCGCCUCCACCGGUUACAUCCAGCGCAGGCUGGUCAAGGCCAUGGAGGACAUGGUGGUGCGCUACGGAGGCACGGUGCGCAACAGCCAGGGUGAUGUCGUACAGUUCCUGUACGGCGAGGACGGCAUGGACGCCGUGCGCGUGGAGGGGCAGAUGUUUGAGUACCUCAAGUGGGACCCCGUCAAGAUCGACAAGGUCUACCGCAUCGACACCUCCCGCGACAUGCCGCCCGACUGGCUGUCCGCCGAGGAGUACGAGUCGCUGCGGACGGACCCGGAGACCGAGCAGGCGCUGCGCGAGGAGAUGGCUCAGCUGAAGGAGGACCUGCGGGUGCUGCGGGAGGAGGUGCUCACCACGGGCGAUGAGAAGGUCAACAUCCCGCUCAACAUGUCUCGCAUGAUUUGGAACGCACAGACCAAGUUCAACUGCAAGCCGCACAGGCCUGGCUGGACGGGUCUGCCGGUGAAGGAGGCGGUGGUGAAGCUGCAGGACCUGUGCAAGCGGCUGGUGGUGGUGGUGGGCAGCGAUGGACUGUCCGUGGAGGCUCAGCGCAACGCAACCAUCAUGUUCCACUCCAUGGUCCGCAUGCACCUGGCGUGCAAGCGCGUGCUGUCCGAGUACAAGCUCAACCAGAAGGCCUUCGACUGGCUGCUUGGGGAGAUCGAGACGCGCUUCUUCCUGGCGCUGUCGCACCCGGGUGAUUGCGUGGGAACCGUGGCAGCGCAGUCGCUGGGAGAGCCCACCACGCAGAUGACGCUCAACACGUUCCACUUUGCCGGUGUGUCCGCUAAGAACGUGACGCUGGGCGUGCCGCGACUGACGGAGCUCAUCAACCUGGCCAAGAACAUCAAGACGCCCACGCUCACGGUGCACCUGCUGCCCGGCCUGCGCGAGAACAAGGAUAAGGCGAAGGAGGUGCAGGCCAAGCUGGAGUACACGUGCUUCAAGAACGUGGUCAAGACCACCGAGAUCUGGUACGAUCCCGUGGACCCAUCCAACCCCAACCAAACCAUCAUUGCGGAGGAUGAGGAGAUGCUCAGCAGCUACUACGACCUGGCAGGUGACGAGGAUCUGGCGGUGCUGCCGCGGCUGUCGCACUGGCUGCUGCGCUUCGAGCUCAACCGCGGCACCAUGCUGGACAAGGGCCUCACGCUGGGUGCCGUACAGAAGGCGCUGCAGGACGAGUGGGAGGACUUCAUCAACGUGCUGGUCAACGAUGAUAACGCCGAGAAGCUCAUCAUGCGCAUCCGCGUAAUGAAGACGGAGGAGCUAAGCAAGGACGAGUCGGCGGACCCCACCGAGGACACCAUGCUGAAGCUCUCUGCAGCCAUCAUGGACGUGCGGCUGCACGGCGUGCCCAACAUCCGCAAGGUGUUCAUUCGCGCGGAGAACCAGCAUGUGUACGACAGGGAGCGCGGCUCGUUCCGCAAGUACGAGGAGUGGAUCCUGGAUACGGAGGGUAUCAAUCUGGAGCAGGUGCUGGCCUUUGAGGGCGUGGACCCGCGGCGCACCAUGUCCAACAGCAUCAUCGAGGUCCUGGAGGUGCUGGGCAUCGAGGCCGCCCGAGCGGCGCUGCUGAAGGAGGUGCGCAACGUCAUUCAGUUCGACGGCUCCUACGUCAACUACCGCCACCUGGCAUGCUUGGUGGACAUCAUGACGUGCAAGGGCUGCCUGAUGGCCAUCACGCGCCACGGCAUCAACCGCAAUGGCAACGGCCCGCUAACGCAGUGCAGCUUCGAGGAGACGGUGGACAUCCUCUACCGAGCGGCGCUGUUUGGCGAGCGCGACCGGCUGAUGGGUGUCUCCGACAACAUCAUGAUGGGCAACAUGUGUCCGCUGGGCACCGGCGCCUUCGACCUGCUGCUGGACGAGUCGGCGCUGGAGAACGCAUUCGACGUGCAGGUGGGCAACCUGGUCUUUGGAGAUGACGGCCUGCUCAACACGCCGGGCCGUUACACGCCAGGCCGGUCGCCGCACCGCACUCCGGGCCCCAUGUCGCCCUCGCACAUGCUGUCACCCAUCAACUCGCCCUUUGUGGGCGGCGGCGCGUUCAGCCCCAUGGUGGGCGGCAGCUUCAGCCCGGUGCACGGCGCUGGCGGGCCCAUGUCGCCCGGCUACAGCCCGACAAGCCCGCGCUACAGCCCCACGUCCCCGGGCUACAGCCCCACCUCUCCCGCGUACUCACCGACGUCACCGGCGUACUCGCCAACCUCCCCGGCGUAUUCGCCGACGAGCCCGGCUUACUCCCCCACCAGCCCGGCGUAUUCACCUACCAGCCCGGCCUACUCGCCAACCUCACCAGCCUACUCGCCGACAAGCCCGGCGUACUCACCCACAUCUCCGGCUUACUCGCCGACAAGCCCGGCCUACUCGCCCACAAGCCCGGCCUACUCGCCGACGUCGCCGGCGUAUUCGCCCACAUCUCCUGCCUACUCACCCACAAGCCCGGCCUACUCCCCAACGUCGCCGUCUUACUCCCCGACGUCGCCGGCAUACUCCCCAACAAGCCCAACCUACAGCCCCACCUCACCCAACUACAGCCCGACCAGCCCGACCUACAGCCCCACCUCUCCCUCGAUCUCGCCCACGAGUCCGCGCUACAGCCCGACGUCUCCCAACUACAGCCCCACCUCACCCAACUACAGCCCGACGUCUCCCAACUACGAACCCACAAGUCCGCAGUACAGCCCCACAAGCCCGCAAUACUCCCCAACCAGUCCCCAGUACUCCCCAACUGCGGCUGGCGGGGGCGGCGCGGCAGGGGCCCCUCCUGGGGCAGCGGGAGGUGGUGCCAACCCGAGUCCGGCUUACUCGCCGACUGCGGACAUCUCACCCGCGUAUUCCCCAACGGCGGACAUCUCGCCGGCGUACUCGCCUACAGCCGACGUCAGUCCGCCGCAGGGUGCUCCUGGGACCUCUCCGGGGAUGUCGCCGGCGUCCGGCAGCGGCAACCAGCCGUACUCGCCCACCAACCACCCCUACAGCCCCAGCAUGGGUGUUAGUCCCUCUCCACGGCCGGGGCAGGAGGCGCCACAGGGCGGCGCUGCAGCGUACAGUCCGCAACACAUCAG